AUGCAACUCGUUGAACUUGGUCCAGGACGUGGCACACUUUGCUCUGAUAUACUGAGGGUUUUUUCAAAAUUCCCAAACAUAUAUUCAACAUUAUCAGUACACUUAGUUGAAAUAAGUCAGUCAAUGCAACAGACUCAAAAGCAAACAAUAGAAAAAACUCUGUCACAUUUAGAUAAUAAACCUCCACCUAUAUUUUGGCAUACUGACUUACGCCAAGUUCCUGAAAAAUUUUCAUUUUUUAUAGGUCACGAAUUUUUCGAUGUUCUUCCAGUUCAUUGUUUUCAGAAACAUGAAGGAAAAUGGCACGAAGUUUUAGUUAGCUCCAUGAUGAAUUCUAAUAGCUUAUGUUUUGUACGUUCAAGCACGAAAACUCCGGCAUCAAUAGCAUAUCUUCCGUUAGUUCCUAAUCUGUCAAACCGAAACUCUGUGGAAAUCUGUCCUGAUAUGAUAUGUAUCACACAAUUAUUAUGCAAACGAAUUAAUAAAACGGGUGGUAGUGCACUGUUGAUUGAUUAUGGUCAUGAAGGUGAAAAAGGUGAUACAUUUCGUGGUUUUCAUAAACAUUCAGUUUGUGAUCCUCUCAUCAAUCCUGGUCACACUGAUCUAACAUGUGAUGUUGAUUUUAGUAUUUUAUGUCAGGCAGUCAAAAACUCCGAUGCUAAGGUAAAACUUCAUGGCCCUGUAACUCAAGCUUAUUUUCUUAUCAAUAUGGGUUUAUUCACCCGAUUAAAGGUUUUAUUGUCUAAAUGUGAAUCAGAACAACAAAAAGAUGAAUUGUUUUCAGCGUGUGAAAUCCUCGUCACCAAUGAACAAAUGGGUAGUCGAUUCAAAUUUGUUGCAAUCACCCCUGAACCAGAAUCAGAUUCCGUUGGUUGUGAGCAACAACUACCUGGUUUUACUCCAUUAUCUGGUACACCAUAUGCACAGCCGAAUUCUGUAUAA